AUGUUGGGAUUUGUUAUAUUUAAUGUAUCAGCAUUUAUAAAGCAUAAACUGACGUUCAUCAAUUAUGUAGUCACAAAGACAGAUAAAUAUAAAAAAAAAAAAAAGAAAAUUUGUUUGUUCAUACGCAAAAGUAAAAAUGAUGAUAUUGAAAGUUAUAUUCCUUAUAUUUAUAAAGAUGUAGCACCAUGUUUAAAAGAAUUAGCAGAUGAGGAGUAUUCUUAUAAAGAUUUGUUGAAUGCAUACUUUCCUGAAACUAUUGAAAGAGAAAAAAGAAUAAAAGAAAAAAAGAAACUAGAAGGAGAAAAAGAAAAAGAACAAAAUACUCAUAAAGAAUUAGAUUCUAAUUUAUAUGAUAUAGAAAAACACAUAGAAGAAAAGUUAGUAGAAAAUAACAUACAAAAUUUUGAACAUAUAAAUAAAAUAAAAGAUGGUAAAGUAAAAAAUAAAAUUUUAGAAGAUUCCUAUGAUAUUAUCAAAAGUACAUUAGAAAAAACAUAUUUCAAUAGAAAGAAAGAGGAAGAUACUAAAAUAAAUUAUUUAGAAUUAGCAAAAAAAGAAAAAGAACUACUAUAUACUAAAUUAAUAAAUGGAUAUUCAAUUGUUAAUAAUAAGAGUACAUUUGAUUUUUUUGGUGUAUUUUAUGAUAGUGAAGAUUAUAAUAAUAAAAAUAAAAUUUUUUUAGAAAUUGAAAAAAUUCUAAAUCUAGAACCCUUUAAAAGUAAUCAAGGAGAUAUAUUACAAGACAUUGAUUCUAUUUUAAAAAUAAAUAAAAUUCCUUCUACUAUUCGAAAUUUUCUUAUAAAAUAUAGAAGUUUUGGUAAAAAAAUAUAUAAUAUGAAAAAAAAUGAAAGCUAUAAAAAAAAAGAGGAGAAUCUAACAAAUAAAGAAGUGAAUUAUUCUGAUGAUAAUGAAAUAAAUAAACAGAAAGAAACUGAAAAUAAAAAUGGUGAUGUAUUAAAAGAAGAUGAUAAAAAAGAAAAUAACGAAAAUAUAGAUGAAAACAAAAAAACUGAAGAAAAUAAAAAAGAUGAUGCAAUAGAAAGUAGCACAAAAAUAAUUAAUGAAGAAGAAAAGGAAGAAGAAAAUUUGUAUAAACAAUUUCAUAAGGAUGUUAAUAAAGUUAUUAUGACUAUGCACAAUAAUUUAAAUGAUGAAAAACUAAUAAAAAAGGAUUGCUUUUACAUGGAUGAAUUUUAUGAAGCAUAUAAAAAACAUUUAAAGAAUAUGCAUAUUAAAAGAAAUAAAUUAGAACCACAAAAAAAUAAUUAUGACUUUUUAACAUUUAUGCAUGAACACUUUGAAGAUUAUUUUUUUUCAAAAUAUGGAAAUUUUGAUUAUGAUUUUAAUGACAAAAUAAAAAAAAUAAAGAAAAAAAUUCAUGAUGAACAAAAUUUUGACAAGUUACAAGAUAUGGAAAUAUUAAAUGAAAAUGAAUGUUUUCAAAAUAAAGAAAAUAUUAAUAAUAGUAAUAAUGAUAAUGUUUUAAAAGAGAAGAGUGAAAUAAAUGAGCAUUUAAACACUAAUAAUAGUAGUAAUAGUAAUGAAAAAAAUAUGUUUAAUAAGAAAAAUAAUUAUAAAGGUGAGAAUAUUUUUAAAGAAUUAAAAGAAAAUAAAAAACUAAAAAAAUACAUACUAAUAGAUAUGAUAAAAAAUUACCAUGAAAAAAUAUAUGAUAUAUAUAAGCCAAAUGAUUUAAUAACAAAUGCAUAUGGUUUUAAUAAUUAUAUAGAUAUUGAAAAACAUGAUAGAGAAAUAGAUUUAACAUUUAAUAAACAUAGUAUAUUAAAUUAUGAUAGUAAAGAUGUAUUAAAUAAUGAUGAAAAAUUAUAUGUAGGAAAAUUAAUAUUUGGUAAAAUAUUUCAGGUAGAAAAAAAUGUUGCAUAUGUUGACAUCAAUUAUGCUUUUUAUGCUGAAAUACACAUAGAUCAAAUGCCUUAUAAUAUCGAUAAUAUUAAACAUGUUUUUAAUGUUAAUGAUAAAUUGAUAUUUGAAAUUUAUAAAAUGUAUACUAAUAAAAUAUUAUUAACAUUAAAAAAUAUACAAAAAAUUAAUGAUCUCAAUAAGAUAUUAUUGUAUAAAACUGAGGAUAUUCCAUUUGACGUCCAUGUGAACUCUAUUUUAAAAAAUGGCAUAAGUGUAUCUUAUAAUGAUAUACAUACAUUUAUUCAUACUUCUGCUUUAUCAAGCAAAUACAAAGUUAAAACAGAAAAUGAAGAGAAAAUAUUAGAUACCUUAAUUAACCAAAAAAUAAAAGUUUUUUGUACAGAUAUUAAUAAGUUAAGUUUUUCCAAUAUAAUAUAUGAACAAAAUGAGCAAUUGAAAAAUAUUAAUAUUUAUGAUGUAAUUGAAGCAGAUAUUAUACAUAUUUCAAAGUAUGGAAUAAUGGUUAAAUUUUGUGAUAUAGUUGGUUUAAUUCAUGUAUCAGAAAUAUCCAAAAAAAGGAUACCUAAUUUAAAUAACUUAUUUAAAAUUAAUGAUAAAAUAAAAGGAGUUAUAAUAAAUAUAGAUUAUGAUAACAAAAGAUUUUCGUUAUCUACAAAAAUAUUGGAAAGUGAAGGGAAAAAUAUUAUUGAUAACAAAAUAGAGAUAUAUGAAGAUAUUAUCAAUAUCGUAAACAACAUUAAGAAAAGAAAUUCUAAUUUAAAGAUUAAUGAUUCAAAUAUUAAGAAUCAACUGCUAUCCUUGAUUGAUAUAUAUGAAAAUGAUAAUGAUUCGAAGAAAUCAAAGCAAGAUAAUAAUAUGAUACAUGAAGAAAUAAAUAAAAGUAACCAAAAUGAUAAAACUGAAGAAAUAAAUCAAAAUAAUAAACUAAAUGAAAAUGAUAUAACAGAAGAUAUUAAUGAUUGUAAUAAAUUGCAAGAUGAUAAUGAUAAAAAAUUGAAUAAUGAAAACAUGGGAAACGAAUCUGACUGUAGCAUUAGUGAAACAGACGAAGCGAAAAAAGAGCUUUUUAUUGAUGUACAUAAUCAAAUGAUUCCAUAUUUAAUGAUAAAACUUGAAGAAAACAGUAAAAUAGGAGAUGUAGAAAAAAAAAAAGAAAUAAUUUGGGACUUGGAAGAUGAAAAUUUUUUGAAUUCAAAUUCACCUAGUCAAAGUUCACAGUUCUUUGAAUAUCAGUGGUCAUAUCUAAAAGAAAAAAAAUGGAUAAAUUUUGCUUACUAUAUUAAUAAAAUAAUGAAUUAUUAUUUUAAUAUUAAUGAUGAUUUUUUUACUUACAAAGAAAAAAACAUAGAAUAUGAAAUAGAUUUUGUAAAAAAUAUCAGAAUUGAUUUAAGUACCGGAUUGUACACAAGAAUUAGAAAAACUGUUGUGAAAUAA